CAAGAGGAGGAGGAGGAAGAGGAGAGGAAAAGAAGAAGAAGGAGGAAGGAGGAGAAAAGGGAGAGAAGUCAGACAAAAUUUGACAACCAGGGAAGGAGAACCAGGAGCUUACCCAGGAAUGGAGCCUCUUCCUGGGGGUCCUCCCUGCCAGAGGAGGCGGGGGGCGCAGGGCAAAGCGACAGGAGGAGGAGCCACACCGUCAGCCGCCAUGCAAAGGAUCAUGGGAGCUCUGCCACAGCUCCAAGAGAAGCGUUCUCCUUCCUAAUGCCGAUGAAUGACAACCCUCCGUCUGACAGCGAAUCAGCCGCCAGCUCAGAGAUCCGCCAAUCAUCAGCCGUAGUCAGGGGGGGGGCGCAGGAGAACGGGCCGGGUCUGUGGCUGAAACCCAACCCCCAGAAGCUGAGCCAGGUUCUGACUGGCAGCAGGUUCAGAGGGCGGGAGCUGGCAGACGGGCUUUCUCUCUGAUUGGCCAGCAGUGACGACAUUUUCCUGUUUCUUUGCUAAACUUUUUUUAUUGGCGUUAUAAUAAAGGGCUAAUAUGGUUGGCCUGCUGAGAGAAGGCCCGCCUCUCACUACAUCCUAUUGGACAGGAGCAGAUGAACCAGCCUCUGAUUGGACCUGCAGCUGCUCACCACUCCUCCUGCCUCACUCUCAGCCCUCCAACCAAUCGGUACCUUGGUUACCGUGACAACCAAAACUAUUGCAUGUUUGGUGGAACUGCUUCCUGUUCCUCCAUCAUCAUCAUCAUCAUCAUCAUAACAGUCCUUUAAACUGUAUGCAAACGUCGGCGCUGUCUUGUGACUGUCCUCAGCAUGUGAAUACAACCGGAAUGAGUUUUUUAUUUUUAUAACGUGUAAAUGAUCGCUGACACGAUUACCGAUAUAUUACUGACAUGAUUAGAGAUGAACAGAACCUUACGUGUGAUCUGCCUGCCUGCUUUUAAAAAGACAAACCGAUGAUUUAACAGAGCCAUACCAAUACGCACACACUGAUGUCAGGUCCGGCUGUCGUCCAACAGCGUCACCAUGGCGACCGUGUGAUAGUGACGGGAUGAGCCGCAGCUCCGGAUCAGAACAAGUGCCUCGUUUUUUUUUUGUUUUUUUUAAGCCUUCGUCCUGCGAACCUCGGCCUUCUCCUGUCCCGUCUCUUCACCACGCUCUUCCACGAUGCCAAGUAUCACAGCCACUCACACAGAACCGGUUCUAUAUGGAGUUUUAUAUGAAAGAUUCAAAU